AUGUACUUGCAAAGGAUGCUUCGCAGUUACAACGCAACCUCCCACCCAAACUAUAAUAAGGAAGCCCUAUCAAAGAACCUGGCCAGCCCUAGAGCUACACUCAAACAAACAACAGUAGAAAAGAAGCCCAACAGUGUGGAGAAAACUGCAAGAUCAGCAAAGGAAACCCCGGCAGAUUUGGAACCCACCUCUUUUCAAAUGCAACAACUUCGGGCCCAUGGCUCCCAAGCCCUUACAAGAAUGGACAACUCCAACUCAUCAUCCUGGAGUGACAGCUUCAAAGAGAAAGCUAACUCAGUAAAAAAUGGUACAGGCACAGCCACACCCCACGAAAUGGAAAAACAACUCUGA